GAGACCAAUCUGGAGUCGAAUGUCUCUGCUGCUUGGGCAAUGGAUCGAGUGAUGGGCAUUGGCUAGUGGCCUGGGGGGAGCAUGGGCAUUGGGGUAAGGAUUGAUCUGUGGGGAUUUUGAAAUGGUGAGAGCGCUGGAACUUGUUUUGAGAGCUGCUUUUUGGUAACUGGCAUACCGGUCGGGCGGAACGUUGAAAUGGUGGGGGCUAACGCUAGGCGAACGCCAACUUUCAUGGGACUGAGCACGCUACGAGGGUGACCGACGCUUAGCUGGGCAAAGCGCACUGUAUUGCGGGUUGUGAAAACCUGAACGGAUACAAUUCGGAUCAUACGCUUUCAGACACGAAACUGAGCCUGAACUUGGCAGGUGCCCGGCGGUAGAGAAGAGUGCGGUUGAGGCGAGAGGACAAAAACCGAGUGACUAAUUGUGACGCUAGGGUUUCUGGCCCAGCAGACUAACUUGUCGUACAAACAUAAGCAAAAGCCUACAGCGGCGCGGAAACAAGAACGAAAAUAGUGAUUGCUGGACCAGCGAGCUACUAUUUCGCUUCAGCAGCAUCAACGUUUAUCCUCCUGGCUAUAUGGGCUUGAUAGAUGUGGAGUUUUCAGUCAGAUUUGUUUGUAGCUAUCACAGCCAGACUGAUACGGAGCAUCUUGCCGUAAUACCGGUAGGUCCGUCAAUGCUUAUUAAUCAGGGAAAAAAUCUCUUAUCAGAGUUCUUUUGUCCGGAGGGUUAGGGUUACUACUCUUGACCGGGUCGAGUUACCGGUAUUGCCCGGGCGCCGAUCUAAUCUGAGGCUCAGGCGAGGAAUCGACGGUCGGGCCAAGGCACCGUCUUAUCCGGAAGCUAAAAUAUCGGUAUCUCCAUGGCGGAAACUUCCGGCCCUUGGAAGAGCAUGGAGGAAGUACGGUAAGAAUACCUUGAAAGUUUUGUGGAUGGAGAGUGGUAAUUGUGGGAGUUUUAGCGCGGAAAAACUUGGCUUACGCUAUCGGAUCACUAAUGCAUCCUUCAGGCGAGGAUGGGCGCAAGGAACGGGGAAGAGUGACUACUUUUCUACCACGGAAUCCAGAGGGUGCUGUGGGAACGGGAGCGGGGCCAAAGUGGUCCCGGUUAAUGACAUUGGUUGGGUGGAUUUAUGAUUAUCGGUGUUACUCAGUUCCAUGUUGCCUACCGGGCUUGAUGAGCUGCUUUAACUGGAACCUCGGGGUCUACAGUUGUUCUUCUCCACCUCUCUCAAGUUCCCAUUGAACAACUUCUUCUCUCAUCCUUUGUUUCCCCCCGGUUCUGCUUGAUAAUUUAGGUGUGCCACGGCGGAAUGGUACAGUUCACCAAGUCGACCAUGUCGCAAAGAGCCCCAUCGACAAACAAUAACAUCACUUCGUCCCCCGAGACUUACACGUUCUUACUCGGCGAAUUACGAACGGCAUUUUCCUCCGAUCCACCGAGCCCGGAGAGUGCAUCGCCUGCCGGUGACCUUGACGACGCUCAACUAUCGGCGAAUUCUACGGAGGGACCCGUGGUGGGGUUCGGCCUUGGAGGGGAGCAUGGCGAGAGGAGGUUUCAGGAAAAGGCUAAGCGUCGGGCAUCCGUACCCGUGCGGUUAGAGAAGAUUCGAGGAAGGGAAAAGUAUAGAUUGGUGAUAGACGAUGAACUGAGGAAGUUGCUGGCGGGUGGUGAUGGGGUUUCGGGUGGGAAGAGGAAGAAGAAGUUUAACGAUGUAUGUUCGGGAUUUAAGUUGAGCCUUUUCUCUUAUACUUAUUCCUGCUGUAUGGGGUGAGGACUAAGUUGUGUUCGAUAGCUGGUUUUUACGAAAAGGUUCACCGUGUUCGACCACAGAAGUCCGGAGGCCGCUUCUUCUACCUUUCGCGGGUUUUACACUGUGUUCUGGUGGCUCACUCCACCCCCUGGGAUACACAUCACAAAGAAGCUAACUAGUAAUAGGGUGUCGGUGGUAAUCCUAAUACUAAAACUCGCCGCAACAUCCUACAAGGAACAUGGCCGCCUCUUCGGAAUAGACAUCCUCUCAAUAAUGUUCAAUCCAGACAACCUCAUAGACUGUCUCUUAGUUGACGCAACCAUGUUCUGGGGCUCAACGCUCUGGUGCGUCCCUUUACAAAAAGCCAUCGCGAAGGGCAGGCUAUCCUGGGAGCGCACCGGGUGGAUGCUACAGAUGGUCUGGGAAGCGGCAUACCUCGGCGUCGUGAUUGAAUAUACCCUCUGGAGGGACUGGCCGUGGAUUCAGACGGUUUUCAUAGUGUUGCAUUGUCUAGCAUCGCUCAUGAAGCAACACUCGUACGCCUUCUAUAACGGGCAUUUGAGCGGGGUGUACAAGCGGCUGCAAUCCCUCGAGAGGAAAUUGGAGGAGUUGCGAGCCUUGGAUACGAGUGAGCCGAAUGCGCGACACCUUGUCAGGGCUGGGAGUGUAGACUCCGGGGUCGAUACUAGGGCGGGGUCGGAGGAGAAGGAGGAAUUGGGCAGCGCGCAAGUGGAGGACUUUGAGAAGGCGAUUAUGGAGGAAGUUGCUGCCUGUGAUGGCGAGUUGAGCAGCCAUGUGGAGGGUGGCGAUGGGCCGGAAGUGGUAUAUCCGCAGAACUUGACGUGGUGGAAUUAUUUUGAGUACAUUCACUUUCCAACGUAUGUCCCCUCUUCGAAAAUCCAUUCGUUCAUCCGGAAAUUAACGGGAACAGCGUCGUCUACGAACUCGCAUACCCCCGCACGACCAGCAUAAACUGGCGCUAUGUGGUGGAGAAGAUCACAGCAACCUUCGGCGUCCUGGGCGUAAUGAUUGUGGUUUCUCAACACCUCAUCCUUCCCGUCGUCUUGCAGACCCACGCCCUGCGCCUUCUACCGCUCUCCUCUCGCCUGCAAGCCUUCCCGUACAUCAUCUUGGACCUCGUCUUCCCCUUCAUGUUAGAGUACCUGAUGGUGUGGUACCUCAUCUGGGAACUCAUCCUGAACGUCCUGGCCGAACUCACGUUCUUUGCCGACCACGGCUUCUACGGCCCCUGGUGGAAUUCCGCGACCUGGGCCACCUUCGCCCGUGACUGGAAUACGCCGGUGCACAACUUCCUCCACCGGCACGUCUACCAUAGUUGCAUCUCCAGCUGGCAUGUUUCCCGUGGGACCGCCACCGUGAUAACCUUCCUGCUUAGUGCCCUUGUGCACGAAUUGGUAAUGUGGAGUCUGUUCAAGCGCCUGCGCGGGUAUUUGUUCGUUAUGAUGAUGCUGCAGAUUCCGCUCGUGAAGGCCAGUCGCACGGGAUGGCUGAAGGGGCGGGAGACUCUUGGGAAUGUGCUCUUUUGGUUGGGGGUGUACACCACGCCGAGCUUGCUGUGUAGUCUUUAUUUAGUCGUUUAGGUGGUGGAUUUUUUUCUUCUUUCUCUCUUUUCUUUUUCGUGGAAGUUUUUGGGUUGGCUGAAUGGUCCCGGGGUAUUCUUGCAAUUUUGGUUUUCUGGUUUGGGCUGGUUUGGCGCUGGAUUCGGUGGAUAUCAAUAGAUGGGAAUCGGACUGGAUAUUGGCAAUUUUUAGCCUAUGGGGGGGAGAGUGGAGGGAUUGGGGAGCGCAGGAAGGGUAAGGCUAGAGAUGGGAUGGUUUUGGGUAUUGAACGAAAUGCCAUGAUGACAACCUGUCACUCUGCUCUCAAAACAUGAAAUGUACGAGUACAGCAGCAUACAGUCGUGUCCUGGGGGUGAUUAUACGCGUGCAUAGCAACAGGGUCUGGCAAAAGCCAAGUUAUUGUCCCAUCACCAGCGCUCCGGAUGGUAUCAAGUCGGAAUAAGAAAAAUUACUUGUGGAGGGCAUGCUAACUCGGGACAAUUAGUAUCUAAAAUAAUAAUAACAGAACAUGGAG